AUAAAAAAAAAAAAAAACUCAUCUUAUAUAAAAAAACAUCAAAAUUGUAACUCCUCUACUUCUUCUCUCUUUCAAUUGAGAUUUUUCCUUCAUGCCUGGCAAAGUAUCUAUGAUGCGUAGCUUGCAAGACUAUGACAUCUCACCAGAGACGGGGUUUUUGCCGCCUGAACCGCCCCUUCGUCGAUUGUUGAACCCGUACUUUGACCCCUGGGAGUCCACAAUGGAUGACUUCAACGGUCUGUUGCUGGCUGGUCGUUUAAGAGAGAGGGUCAGAAAGCUUCCCAUCUUGAACCAUAAGCAACUCAAGUCGAAACCGGAGUAUCGAAGAGCGUUUUUGGUACUGUGUAUGCUCUCGCAUGGCUAUGUCUGGGGUAAACACGAGGAAGUGUCAGAGUCACUUCCACCGUGCUUGGCCAUUCCUUGGACUCAUAUUGCUUCUCAUCUUGGGGUUUGUCCUGUGGUAUGUCACGCCAGUGUGGUUCUAUGGAACUAUAAGCCAUUGUGGGAAGACGGUCCCUUAGACCUAAGCAAUUUGGCAGCACUAACUACCUAUUCUGGAUCCGUGGAUGAAGCUUGGUUUUACCUCGUCACCGUGGCCAUUGAGGCAGCAGGCGCUCCUGCUAUUGCAUCCAUCAUCAAGGCGCUCGACCACGUUCAAGCCAAUGACGAGAAGGCUCUCAUCGCCGACUUAACUCACAUCAAUUCCUGUCUAGCCGACAUGAAUGUGGCUCUAGCUCGGAUGUCGGAAAAAUGCGAUCCUUAUGUAUUUUACUGGAAAAUAAGACCUUAUUUGGCAGGUUGGGAAAACAUGGCCGAUGCAGGACUUCCCCUAGGGCUCAUCUAUGAAGGCGUGGACAAUCUAUGGGAUGCCGAGUCGGAUGAAUACGCCGACAUGUCUCAUCUAUCCGAAGCAGAACGUAUGCUUCAACAGUACAGGAAGUAUGCUGGUGGCAGUGCAGCACAAAGCAGUCUUAUUCAUGCUCUGGAUGUUGCCUUUGGCGUUGAACAUCAUCCCACCGGCGAAAGAAAAGCUCGUCGUCCAAGCAAUGCUCAAAGACUUGACCGGUACAACAAUAUGCCACCCACCAAUACCGCUGUUGAAUUGACUGGUAAACGCCAUUCGGAUACGCUAGCCACUAUGGAGCGAACACGUUCCCAAGAAGAGAUGAAGCCCAACCGCAACAAUUUUAUUCAAACCAUGCGCAAAUACAUGCCUAGAGAACAUCGUCAUUUUCUCGCAGACUUGGAGAAGGCAGCCAAUUUAAGACCCUUCAUGUUGAACUUGCAAGCCAUGGAGGAGGAUUUGACCGAACAGCAAAAGUCACUCUUAGAAGCUUAUAAUGGGUGUCUCGAUCAACUCAAGGCUUUCCGCGACAAGCAUGUACAGAUUGUUAGUUUAUAUAUUGUGAAUCAAGCACGCAAGGGUCCUAAUAUCCCUCAUGGUGGAUUUGCCAUUGACCACACCAAAGCCACCACCAACAUCAAAUUGACAGAAAAGGCGCCAGAUACGGAUUCGAAUUCGGAAGCAGACGAUGCUCCCAGCAAGCCCAACAUCUUAUACCCUCAGACUGCCUUGUCAACGUCUCCCUCCUUGUCCAAAUCCAGCUCCCUUCACAAGCUUAAUAAUCUCCUCCCAACAUUGGGUUUAGCCAAGUUUGUAGACCCUGAAUCUAAAGUGGUACGAGGUACUGGAGGCACCAAUGUGAUGCCGUUCUUAAAGCAAAGCCGAGACGAAACGGCUGAUACAAAGAUCGCAUUGAGCCAACCAGUGGAUAUUCAGGCGCCUACGCAGCCUGUGAGCCAAAAGAUUUCUUGGACUGAUUGGCUCAGAAAGUAAAAUGGCUUUAGAGAGAGACUUCAUUGAAACUAGUAUGAUGUAUCCUCCAUUUUUGUAUUUUUAAUAUAUGUUAUUUUUUGGAACCAACCCAUUAGUAACACUUCCCCGUAAGAUGGAGAUCUUGAAUGUGAUUGGAUCGUGAGUCGGAACAUGAAAAUUUUUAGCAGUGCACAUCCAAUGUUUGAAUUGCGCAAUUUCGAACGACGGUGAAUGGCUGCAGCGAUUGAUGGAUGGCGUGCUCCGAUGAACCCAAAGGUUUAUUCAUCCAACCGUGGCUUAUAUUCAAUGA